AUGUUAAAAUAUUGGCAACCAAUAACGAGUAAGGAGGCUAGCUUCGACUUCCAUGGCUUGGUAGCUCCGGUAUUUACUCCACUAUAUGAAGACGGGGAAAUUAAUUAUGACGUAAUACCAAAGUACGCCAAAUAUCUUGUUAUGCAAAAUGUGACGGGAAUUCUAGUUGGGGGCACUACAGGUGAAUUCGCAUCUUUAAAUAUGAAAGAGAGGAACGCCCUGUUGGACGCCUGGUUGGAGAUAACUUAA